AGAAGCUCGAAAGAAGAUGAGGACAGAGCAGCAUGGGCAAAAACAUCUGAACCUGGUUGGUACAUCCUAGCUUCCCCAGACCCACCCACCUGCUCUUACUGGAUCUGGGUGCUCAGGGUGGAGGCAGGAGCCUGCAGGCGAGUGGUGCUGAAGGGACAGCUCCAGCACAGGCUGCUCCAGGGCGGGGAUUGGGUAAAGGAUCAAAUCUGCGGAUCUCAGUCCAAGCUGGGUGCCUUCACCUUCAACUGGGUGAGCUCCUCUGCCCUCCGGCCAACCUCCGCUCCUGGCAGCGCCAGCCGAUCUGUGGGUUGGCGGCGGGGUCGGGCAGCGCCAGCUGGACCCGCCCCAAGCUCCAUGGUUUGCCCAACCCCGCGCGAUGGUGACUCUGGGCGCGGAGGGUGGCGAUGGGAGAGCUUGCAGAUCGCAGCAUGAAGGCGGGGAGCUCAGCGGGCAGCGGGAGGAGACUGUCUCCUGGACCUCAGCGCCCAGGGAAGCAGCCCAACCACCUGAACCGGGAAAACGCCAACAAGUAGUUUCUCCGCGGAGAAGGGCGGCUCAGCUCGCCGGCAAGACUUGGUCUGACUGCCGGGAGAGCCUUGUCCACUCCGAAACCGAAACAGAUCCACUUUUCUCUCGGUCUCCUUAAGUCAUGUCUGAGUCACAGAGAUGGGCAAGAUCGAGAACAACGAGAGGGUGAUCCUCAAUGUCGGGGGCACCCGGCAUGAAACAUACCGCAGCACUCUCAAGACCCUUCCCGGGACGCGCCUGGCCCUUCUCGCUGCCUCUGAACCCCAGGGUGACUGCCUGACUGCUGCUGGCGACAAGCUGCAGCCGCUGCCCCCUCCCCUUUCGCCGCCGCCGCGACCGCCUCCGUUGUCCCCUGGCCCCGGCGGCUGCUUCGAGGGUGGCGCGGGCAACUGCAGUUCCCACGGUGGCAGCGACCACCCUGGUGGCGGCCGCGAAUUCUUCUUCGACCGCCACCCUGGAGUCUUUGCCUAUGUGCUCAACUACUACCGCACUGGCAAACUGCACUGCCCCGCAGAUGUGUGCGGGCCGCUCUUCGAAGAGGAGCUGGCCUUCUGGGGCAUCGACGAGACCGACGUGGAGCCUUGCUGCUGGAUGACCUACCGGCAGCACCGGGAUGCGGAGGAGGCGUUGGACAUCUUCGAGACUCCGGAUCUCAUCGGGGGUGACCCUGGCGACGACGAGGACCUAGCGACCAAGAGGCUGGGCAUCGAGGAUGCUACAGGGCUGGGAGGGCCUGAUGGCAAGUCUGGCCGCUGGAGGAGGCUGCAGCCCCGCAUGUGGGCCCUCUUUGAGGACCCCUACUCAUCCAGAGCCGCCAGGUUUAUUGCUUUUGCCUCCUUAUUCUUCAUCUUGGUUUCAAUCACAACCUUUUGCCUGGAAACACAUGAAGCUUUCAAUAUUGUUAAGAACAAGACAGAGCCAGUCAUCAACGGCACGAGUGUUGUUCUGCAGUAUGAAAUCGAAACGGAUCCUGCCUUGACAUACAUAGAAGGAGUGUGUGUGGUGUGGUUUACUUUUGAAUUUUUAGUCCGUAUUGUUUUUUCACCUAAUAAACUUGAAUUCGUCAAAAAUCUCUUGAACAUCAUUGACUUUGUGGCCAUCCUCCCCUUCUAUUUAGAGGUGGGACUCAGCGGGCUCUCAUCCAAAGCUGCUAAAGAUGUGCUUGGCUUCCUCAGGGUGGUAAGGUUUGUGAGGAUCUUGAGAAUCUUCAAGCUCACCCGCCAUUUUGUAGGCCUGAGGGUGCUUGGACACACUCUUCGCGCAAGCACUAAUGAAUUUUUGCUGCUGAUCAUCUUCCUGGCUCUCGGAGUUUUGAUAUUUGCUACAAUGAUCUACUAUGCGGAAAGAGUAGGAGCUCAGCCCAAUGACCCUUCAGCUAGUGAGCAUACACAGUUCAAAAACAUCCCCAUUGGCUUCUGGUGGGCUGUGGUGACCAUGACGACCUUAGGCUAUGGGGAUAUGUAUCCCCAAACGUGGUCAGGAAUGCUGGUGGGGGCCUUAUGCGCUCUGGCUGGAGUGCUGACAAUAGCCAUGCCUGUGCCUGUCAUUGUCAACAACUUUGGAAUGUACUACUCCUUGGCAAUGGCGAAGCAGAAACUUCCAAGAAAGAGAAAGAAGCACAUUCCUCCUGCGCCUCAGGCAAGCUCACCUACAUUUUGCAAGACAGAGUUAAACAUGGCUUGCAACAGUACACAGAGUGACACGGGUCUGGGCAAAGAACACCGACUUCUGGAGCAUAACAGAUCAGUGUUAUCAGGUGACGACAGUACAGGAAGUGAGCCACCAUUAUCACCCCCAGAAAGGCUCCCCAUCAGACGCUCUAGUACCAGAGACAAAAACAGAAGAGGGGAAACGUGUUUCCUAUUGACGACAGGUGAUUACACGUGUGCUUCUGAUGGAGGGAUCGGGAAAGGAUAUGAAAAAUCCCGAAGCUUAAACAACAUAGCGAGCAUGGCAGGUAAUGCUCUGAGGGUCUCUCCAGUAACAUCACCCUACAACUCUCCUUGUCCUCUGAGGCGCUCUCGAUCUCCCAUCCCAUCUAUCUUGUAAACCAAACUGCAUCAAUCGGCUAAAUUAUAUCAGUCCAAGUACUGUUUAACCUGUCGUGGAAACAAUUACAUGUAGCGUUCCUCCAGGCUCCGUUAAUACAGUGUAAGUCCUGCAUGAAACUACUAUUUGAAGUCAGAAAUGCUACCUGAGUAGCUAACAGAUCUUAUCCUGGCUUUAAAGAUUCUCUAAAGUAGUGCUACUUCUCCAUAUGAAUUGCCCUGAUUUCCUUUCGCAAUAAAACACCAAUAGUAUCAGAUAUUGGCCAGUACACUAGUACACUACCAUGUCUUCAGGGAGAUAUAUUUAAACAAUGUGCUUCUAAAUGCCAACUACUUCAUUGGAAUUUUACUUCUUGUGACUCUAAACCAUUCAGAAGAUGUCCGGGAUCUUAACUAGAUUGCACACAACAUGACUUCAGUCAGCUCAUUUACAUGGACCAUCUUGUCUGUAUCACCUGAACAAAAUUUUACAGAGUCUGAGGACUAUGGAUGGCUCAGGAAUGUGUCCUUGCAUCUAACCAUCCUGCCGAUGUGAACACACUGGUUGACUGUUCUGUAUGUUGAAUUGUGGGGCAGGGAGGAUGCAUUUCUCCUUGAUAUUUCCCCAACACCCCCAUUCUUUGAUAGAAAUAUUUGUUUUAAGUAUCUUAAUUUCUUGAUUAAUUUACUUUUCUUCAAAAAAUUGUUUUAUUGGUGUUCUGAAUGUCUUUGGUUGUUUGUACACACAGAUAACUGCAAAGAGGUUGUCAUUACUGGUUACACGCAAGCCAAGGCCAGAUCUCUUACUUAAUGACUUGGGGAAGGCACAAAACAUGAGAGAAAGGUAACUGUUAGCCAGGCUUGCACUGUUUAGCCAGGAAUUACUGCUUGGUACUAGAGCCAUUUGUCUUAAUUUUAGAAUUUGUCAUCAUUUCAGAGGCAGAGUGACAAAUAUUACCCGAAGCUCCUGUGUCUUUUUUACCCUUUUCUUUUUAUUAGUUUUUGUGUGACCAUCAAAGGUCACUGUUGUUCACAGGAGGGUUGUUUUGACUAGCCUUAAAAGUUGCAUCAAAGGACUAACCAGGUUUCCAGGCUGUGUUUAAUCAGGUGCUUUGUUCAGUAUGCUGUUUUCAUCUGUCUGUCUUAGCUCCCUGUCUUAACUGUAUAUACCAUCUGUCUCCAUGAAGCAUAGAUAUGCUUUGCUAGACAUGUGAGAGUUUAGUCCUGGAUCUCCCUCACUCCUACCCCCUGUCUUCUUUGCUAUUUGGAGCAGCCUCUCUGCUUUGUAUAUACAUUAAUGAUGCCCUGAAGACUAUCUAAAUUAAUCGGCACUGUGAAUCUUUUUGAUGAACAGGAUUGAAGCAGCAAUUUCACCAUUGUGUUUGGUUGCCUACUGCAGUGUCAGUUCCUACAACAUAGCAACCAGAAUUCAUCACUACGUUCCAGCAAAAAUCCCUAGGGAGUCAUAUUCAGCCUGAGGGGGAAGAUAGUCUGAUUGCACAUCUCUGCCAAAUACCAUAGCAAUAGUGUAUCUGGUAUUUUGGGCAUGUGGGGGAAGAAAGCACCAUAAUAUGAAUUGUGGCAUAGAUAAUAAUUUCGAUGCACUUAGGAUUCUUGAGAUUGUUGAAUUCCCAGUUCUCAUGUUUAUUUUUGAUAGGAAGACAAUUGUCAAAUUUAUUAUUGGCUAAAGACGUGUUAGUCUCCAUUCCUAAGUCCCAGCGCAUGAGCUGCAUGUCAGAGAUCUAAGCAAUGCAUUUACCCAGACAUAAAUAUCUGAGAUUUAGAGAUACAGCGAUCCUUUUGAUAACAUCACUCAUAAAAUGUUAUAAUUACUCAGAGAUUUAUAGUAAAAGAAUUAAUGUGCUGUCUGGUGCUGCUGUUAUUGACUGCAGUGUUGUACAGAAUUUAUCAUGGAUUUUUGACUGCUGUAAAAGGGGCAGUGGAAUUUAGCCAUACCAAGGAUUGUACUGGAAACAACUUCUGCUACUGAAUGUGCCCUGAUGUGACCAGUUUGUACUUGGAAUCGAUUCUGCAUCUUCAUGAGGCAUUUAAAGAUUAGAACGGAUCUGUGGCUGGAACUAUUUGGUGCUCGACAUGAGUGUUCUGCUUGUAGAUUGACCAGGGUCCCUGAAACAACUGUCAAUGCCAACACAUGUGCAUGGGUCAAACCUUCUGGCAAUCUCAUAGCACAGGAAGCCAAAAUCAUGACCAACAUCUCUGAAGCUUCAAGUAAGGUCCAUGAUUCUUUGAAUGACUCCUCAUGGGCUUGUCAUGUAUUUUGCUGUGAAUUUCACAAGACAGCGAUACUGAUGUAGCAUAGGUCUGUUUUACUUUUUCUCAUUUGUGCUUUGUUCAUUGGAUCCACGAACAUUGACUGUACCAUCCUUCUGCAAACAACUUAUCAACUUGUCAAUUAUGUUGUAAAUUUUUAGUGUCUGCUUAUCAAAACUAACCCAUUUUUAGUCACAUAGUUGUUUAGCUCUGGAAAACUGUAACUUAAACUCACCAACAGAACUUAUAGUUUAAGUCUUUUGUCAUUGUUACCUCAAUAAUAAAUACUAAAAAUAUAAAGUUCUGGCAAUGAGAAUAUUUUUUUAUUAAAUUAUCAAGAAAUAAUGUCAGUAUAUAGUAGAGUAUUAUCAAAUUAUAUCCUAAA